AUGACUCAUGCUUACCUUGCUACUUCCAUUCGACGACUUUCCGACACUGGCAAAACCGAUGAGUCAAAUCUAAUGACAUCACAGCAUUAUCCUACUACAACAAUAAAUCUCUGUCUCGAGGAAACUCUUACACAUCGUUUCCUUCUUACAUCGGAUGGGGUUAGCAGCAAUUUUCAACGGGAAAAGAGUGGCAAAGGAAAACACGGAAAAGUGAAAACACAACAACCUGUUCGCUUAUCAACGAGUCCCGAAUUUUCACAUAAUGCUAAAUUAAAUAAACCACCAGAACCGCAUAUCAUCAGGUUGGCGAAACGAGCAUUGAACAUCGAUGUGCGGGCAGUUGUAAAAAAAUGGCCCAAAUUUAUUUUUAAAAAGUUAAAUCCAUCAUUUUGUCAUUUUCAUUAA